AUGCCAAAAGAAAACUUAAAGGAUAAACUGGAAGGCAACGAGCUAGACUUGAGCCUGAGUAAUUUAGAUACAGUCCCAGUUAAAGAGCUUGUUGCCCUGCCGAAAGCAACUCGUUUGGACUUAUCUUGUAACCAGAUUAAAAGUUUACCAGAUGACUUCUGCACCAAACUGAACUACCUGGUCAAAAUAGACCUGAGCAAGAACAGCCUCACAGAAAUUCCAUCCAACAUAGGGUUGCUACAGAAACUAGAGCACCUUGAUCUCCUUGGUAACCAACUGACCACUCUUCCAGUCGGUAUGUGCUACCUGAAAAAGUUGAAGUGGCUGGACCUUAAGGACAACCCUCUCAGUGAAAACUUGAAGCAGGUGGCUGGGGACUGCUUGGAUGAGGUGCAGUGCAGAAGAUGUGCACAGAAUAUGGUGGCAUAUAUGAAGAAAGUGCAGUCAGAACUUGAUAGACAGAAACAAAAGAAAUUAGACGAAGAAAGAGCUAAAGAAAAUCUUCGAAAGGCAGAAGAAGAACGGGAAAACCAAAGGAAAAAGGCAGAAAAGAAAGCAGAGAAAGAAAGAAGGAAGAGAGAAUUUGAGGCAUCUCAGGCAGCAAAGAGGCAACAAGAAAAGGAAGAGACAGUACCAUUACAAACUGAAAACAGGAAGACACUCAAUGGUCACAGUGCUGAGGAAAAGGCAAUCAAGACUGGGGGUGGUGCAUCUUGUUGUAGCAUAUUCUUUGGCAUAGUAGUCGCCAUGGUAGCCGUACUCUUGGGGCUCUAUUUUUACUGUGAUUCCAAUACUGAUGUCCCCUGGUGCAGAAAUGGACACAAGAUGGCGCUUGAUUUGUACUCUCAAGCCAGGAAGACAGUGAGGACUUACACUAGCUGAGAUGUCUGCUUCUAAAUAAGACUUUUGUGUAUGAUGUCAAGGAAGAAAUAUUUUCUUGAUGUAUUUUUGUUUAAGAAAAGUGGUGCUGGACUAUUGACUGGAAUCUGAGAAGUUUCCUAUGUUGUUAGAUAAAAAAAAACGAGUGUGAUAAAUAAAUAGGUAGAAUUAUACAAACAAACAAGUUAGGAGAUUGAAUUUUUACAAACAAUCAUGAAUCAUUAAUGAAGAGUCACAAAACCUUUAUAGUUUUUAGAAAACUGUGAGGAAUAUCCUUUUAUGAGAGGUUCUUAAUAUUUGGGGUAAUAGUAAGUUUUGUUGACAUUUUUAUUUGCUGUUUUUCAUGAAUGGGGCAGAUUCUUAAUUGGUCAUUCAUUUACAACAUUCCUGUAUUGCCCACCACAUGUGUAACUGCCUGAUGGAGUUUUGGCAUUACUAUCCAUCAAAAUUGUUAUGUAGGCAACUUAUGUUCAGUCUUGGAAAGGUGUCUGACUUUCAGUACAAGCUUAUUUAUUUAUCCAUUUUUUGUUAUUUAUUUAUUAUUUUAUUAUUAUUAUUAUUGUUGUUGUCUGUGCUGGAGUAGUACUUUUGGAAAAAAAGGAAGAUUUGAAUUUUUUUUCAUUAGAAAGUUAAACAUAAAGAUACACCAAACAUGUCACUUGAUACAAGUAGAGAUUUUGUAUAAAAAGUAGGAAAUCUUAAGACUAUUUA